CCGGACAGGUGAAAAGUCAUUCAAACCGCGCGAAUACGCGAUCGGGCGUACAUGUCUCACUGAAUUCGGUGGUUUUUUUUUCAUUUCCAUUUUAUCGUUCGUUUGGUUUUGGUUGUUAUUUAGGUUCUGGUAUUAACGAGUGAUCAAUGCAAUGACUAUUGCCUGUGGUACGGAGGACAGGAGGCGGAUUUCGCACGGGCCAGAGGUCGGAUUUUCCAGAAUGGGUAAAUUGACACUGUUUGUGUUUCUACUGCUGUUGAAUAAUGCACUGGGUGAUGAACCAAGUCCAACACCAUCGGUGGCAACGACCCUCGGUAACUUGUACCGGCAAGCUCGCUCUGAGAUGUAUUACGGAAGCAGAUACGCUGCUGAGGGCUCAUCCGUGACUUCCGGUGCAAUUGGUGUACGCGGUGAGCCAGAGCACCGCGAUGCUGCCUACUACGAGUCACGUUGCAUCACCUGCGACCCAAACAAGUCCGCAGGCCCUGACAGAGGGUGGAGGCAGAGAAAUCGAUACGACUAUUACGACGACGAUUAUUUAGCGGAUAAGAGAGACCGGGAUCGUUAUGACAAUUCCCUUCCCGACAUGACGAGGGGUGGUUAUGAUUACGACAGGAUGAAAGGAUCUGCUUAUGAUUACGAUAGGAUGCGAGGAGGGUAUGAUUAUGAGAGGCCACGAGGAGCUGCUUACGACUACGACCGUGUCAAACCACUACCACAGGAAUAUGAUCGUUAUGAUCCGUAUGUGAGACAUGAUGUGGGACGACCUAUGGCUUAUCCGGACCGAUACGACGUACAAGCUGGGAGAGAUCGUUACUACGACAAUCCAAAGUACGACUACAACUCCGAUCGCCACCCUGAACGUGGAAAUGGCUAUGACAAUGUGGACCAGAGGCAUCUGUACAUGAAUCGAUAUGAUCCUUACUUGAUCACUGCCCGUAGACGACCCAUCGACGAUCUCUACGUGAACAGAUACGACCCGUACAAUCGAAAUUAUCCUGUGAGAUAUGACCCCUACGAGCGUUAUGAUCCGUACUGGGAACGAAGUUAUAACCGUCGUCCCUACGAUGAUCGAUACGAACGUUAUCCAAUUCGAGAUAGACCUGAUUCCCGUGGAUAUUUCUCCGGUGGAAUGUGGGGACCGGGUUAUGAACGAGGUUACGCCAGUAGUUGGAACUACCUUGGACCUAGGGACAGCUGGAGGGAGCCUGGCAGAGACAGAGAGUCAGGGGACAAUUGGAAGGACUUGGAAAGGAAUCGUAGUGGCCCUUAUCGUCCCAGGGAUUAUUUCAAUGACAGCACAGCAUCGCCAGUAGGUUCUCGGGGCACCGGCUACUCCUACGAUCGACCUGAGACAUCGACCAAAUCAGAUACGACAGAUCAUGACCAAGCAACUAGUGCACCACAAACACAGGACAAUAAAGUGUACAAGGAUUGAGCCAUUGCCUCGAAUUAACUCUCCUAAACUGACUCAAUGCUACCAUAUCACGCAUUUUCGAAAAUUUUCUAUUUUCAGUGAAGUAAGGGUCGAUAGAAAUGUAAAAAAAACAAAUUCCUGCUCUCAAUUAUGCUGACUUGAGAUAAAAUAAUUGAAAACAUCGAAUAAUUCAGAGAUCUUCAAUUGUGACUGCAAAAAAUAGUACAUUUUGAUGCGAUUGUGCAAAAGUGUUUUUGGGCUCGUGGGAGUGCGAACAAAAGUCCGAUAAAAAUUACGAAAGAUCUCAUAACAAGUACGGAAGGCUCCGUAAAAAUUACAUAACUCGCUGCGUACUAUUUACGGAGUGUUCCGUGCUUUUUAUUUUGAAAUGCCGCGGAAGUUUUAUUCAACUAUUUCUCGCCGUACAGUAACGAGUGUGGCAUCGGCGGCCCGAAGCGCAGCCGAGGGCUGGCCAUCACACGAGUUGUAUCACUGCGUCGCAAAUGAAUCGAAAUAUACUAUUCUCAUAUCACGUUGAAAGAUACUGACGAAUAAUUAAAAUCCGAAUUUCUAAAACUGCUCUUCAAAAACAAUUAAUGAACAAAUUUAUCAUUAGUUUUAUUGCUCACUUCAAGGGAAUCUACCACAAUAUCGAUGAAAUUAGGAUAUAAUUUGUACUAAAAUAAUAAUUAAGUGAAUGAAUAAAUAAUUGAUAAAUUGAA